GGGCCCCCCGGGUGGAAGUGACGCUGCCCCCGCUGUCCAAAAUGUCGGCGCCCAGAGGGAGGUAAAGCCCCCAGCCACCACUGUGCCACCUGUCACCAUGGAUGAAGCCCGGCUGCCGGCACCCCCGGCUCCUGCCCCUGCACCUGCUACAGCACAGGCAGCACCUGUUGCAGCCCCCCGCGUCCCAUUUCACUGCAGCGAAUGUGGCAAGAGCUUCCGCUACCGUUCGGACCUGCGGCGUCACUUCGCUCGGCACACAGCUCUCAAGCCCCAUGCAUGUCCACGGUGUGGCAAGGGCUUCAAGCACAGCUUCAACCUGGCCAACCACCUGCGYUCCCACACAGGGGAGCGGCCCUACCGCUGCUCUGCCUGUCCCAAGGGUUUCCGCGACUCCACAGGCCUGCUGCACCACCAGGUUGUCCACACUGGGGAGAAGCCGUACUGCUGCCUGGUCUGCGAGCUCCGCUUCUCCUCGCGCUCCAGCCUGGGCCGCCACCUCAAGCGCCAGCACCGCGGGGUGCUCCCAGCACCGCUGCAGCCUGGCCCGGGCCUGCCCUCCCUGAGCGCACCCUGCUCCGUCUGCUGCAACGUGGGGCCCUGCUCAGUGUGCGGGGGCGCGGGGACCGGCAGUGGAGAGGGCCUGGAGGGCGCGGGCGCGGGCAGCUGGGGGCUGGCAGAGGCCGCAGCCGCAGCCGCAGCCUCCUUGCCUCCGUUUGCUUGCGGCGCCUGCGCACGGCGCUUCGACCACGGCCGCGAGCUGGCAGCCCACUGGGCUGCGCACACAGACGUGAAGCCCUUCAAGUGCCCGCGCUGCGAGCGCGACUUCAACGCGCCCGCGCUGCUGGAGCGGCACAAGCUGACCCACGACCUGCAGGGUGCUGGCGCACCCCCUGUGCAGGUCUGGGUCCCGGGGGCCAGCAGUGGGCUGGAGACGGCCCGCGAGGGCGGCUCAGCCGAGGCAGGAGACGCACGAUCGGCUUGGGACGGCGGGCUACUCCUGGGCCCCACCGGGGGUGGCGUGCCCGAGCUCGGGGGGCUGCUUCCGGAGGGCGGCGGUGAGGCCCCCGCGCGGGGUGCGGCGGCCGAGCCGUCGGAAGACACCCUGUACCAAUGCGACUGCGGGACGUUCUUCGCGUCGGCUGCGGCGCUGGCCAGCCACCUGGAGGCUCACUCGGGUCCAGCCACCUACGGCUGUGGCCAUUGCGGGGCGCUGUACGCGGCGCUGGCGGCCCUGGAGGAGCACCGGCGGGUCAGCCACGGCGAGGGCGGCGGGGAGGAGGCGGCAGCGGCGGCUCCUGGGGGGCAUCCGGCAUCCGGGGAGCCUGCGUCGGGCUCCAGCCGCGGCAAGAAGAUCUUUGGCUGCUCUGAGUGCGAGAAGCUGUUCCGCUCCCCCCGCGACCUGGAGCGGCACGUGCUGGUGCACACCGGCGAGAAGCCGUUCCCGUGCCUCGAGUGCGGCAAGUUCUUCCGGCACGAGUGCUACCUCAAGCGCCACCGGCUGCUGCAUGGCACCGAGCGGCCCUUCCCCUGCCACAUCUGCGGCAAGGGCUUCAUCACGCUCAGCAACCUCUCCAGGCACCUGAAGCUGCACCGGGGCAUGGACUGAACCGCGAGGCCGCCCAGCCCUCAACCCAACCAACCCAGGGACUGGACUUGGCCCUGCCAGGGACCUCAGGACUGUGUGCAGGUGAGGCCCCGGCCCUUCAAGUCCAGAGCCAAGGCCCUAAGAUGAGGCCCCGACCUGGCCAUGGGGCCACCCAGAGCCCACACAGGCCCCCAGCUGGGGGACCACCAAGAAAGAGACCUCUUCCGACGAAGGGGUCGGAGAACAUAUUCACUGGGGGACCUAAACCUACGGAGAGACUCCUGAGCUUGAGACCCCAGGAAUGUGUGUGGGCAACCCCAAUCAAUAGGCCUCUAAGAUGUGGGGACCUCCAAAUGAGAAAUGGGUCUCCACCAGCACCUCUCAGCUAAUUAAGUGUGGGUACCUCCAAGGGAAGACUGCCCGCUCCCAGACAGCCAUCAUUCUCCAUGACCUUGAUCUGGGGAAUGCAGGGACCGUGUUCCCAAAUCUUCCAGGAUCCCCUCCAAAUACUACCCACCAGUCACUGGUGACCCCAGAAAAUGAAUAUAGCCGAAAUCUGCCUUUCCCCCAUUUCAUUCCCAAUACUGAAAGAGGACCAGGGUAGAUGACCUUGCCUUCAACUCCCCCGCCUUCCAAUUAGGUCCCUUUCUUUACCACUGAAUGGAUCGACCCUAAGGAUCUUCCCCCACCCCAAAACACUAGGAUAGACUGGUCCGAAAUCCCCCUAGCCAGUAGGAUGGACUGACCCAAAUGCACUGGGCUGGUCCACAUAGUGGCCUGGCCCCACCCUUCUUAGAGUGAAUAGGACAGACACUCCCUUAUCCUGUAGAGUGUGGCUGGGUCCACGUGACUCCACAUCCUGUGACCUCAUCCAGGUGGAGGUGGUGGGCUUCGGGGUUUUCCUCCCCCGCUCCUGUAGCACUAGUCCAUCUUUCUCUCCAUCUCUGUUGGUUUGUCUCUGUGUUCCUCCUAACCCCAAGGGGAAGGGGGGAAAUUGGCUAGGGGAUUCCCCCCUUGUGAGCCUUGACUUUGCCCCCUUCUCCCACUCCCUAGUGUCUCCAGGACCCCAAUAAACC